AUGACCGUGGCCAAGUUUGUUCUACUAGCUUUAGUCGCUCGCGGGGGACGAUACCAGAAGAUACUCGAAAACAAUGCGGCGGGUACCAUAUCAGCGGUAGCUGCGGGCGCCAACGAACGUAAGUCCCGACCUCUGGCGCGGAUUCCCCACCUGGAACGGGCUACCGUCCCGAUGCUUCAGCUCUUGGUCCAACCAUCUCUCCGAUCCCCACACCAUUACUUAUUUGGUUCUCUUUCGCCAGAACUUUUCGCCGGCUACAAACCUGCUAUCCGGCCCUUGUUCUACCCCGCUGUGGGCGGCGGGGGCGCUGCUGUGGAAGAGGGUCCCAACGUUAAGAUUGUGAUUGCCGAUGACCGGAACGUUGCUGCGCCGACAACUGCGCCCCAGCAGCAGCCUCUGGGUCCCAUCAUCCUGCCCAUUCCGUUUCCUUGGUUGAUCAACAACACGGCCACGGGCACCGGCACCACCACGGUUCCCGAACUCAUCACCACCAGCACCACAACCAGCAGGCCUCUCGUCAGCGGCAGCUUGCCGCCCACCACUGGCACGGGUGGUCGGACCCCGAACAACCUGGGUUCAACGGCAUCCGGGUCCAAUUCGACAGCCCCGAUGAUGGUGUUCCAGCCCCAGUUCGUCUUCACUAACCAGUACCCCAAUAUCCGAGGCGGUCGCUUCGAUGUGAACGCAGGCGUAGACAUGCAGAACCACCCAGCGUCCACGACCAACGCCAAUCUUAACCCCUGGACUCAGCAGAACCCCUGGACCCCCCAACCGUCGGUGAACCAGCACCAGCCCUUGUGGACCCAACAACCUCUGUGGAGUCAACAGCCAGUCUGGAAUCCGGCACACGUACCCAGCCAGGGCGUUUCCUGGAUCCCGCAAGCGUUAGGACCAUGGAUGGGACCCCAGCAGGUGCACGGCCCUUGGUCACCCUCGGCUAACGUGAACCCCUCCGCCGCCGUGGCCCCUUCGUUCUCAAUGCCCUCGACCAUCGCCGUCGUGCCGCCUAGUGCCAAUCAACCUUCCGCACAGACCACCAACUGGCCCGGCAAUGUCGACCUAACCACUACCGGCACCAACAUGGUCUACGUGAUGGGUCCCACCUUCGACCUUCCACAAGGCACUGAAACUGCUACUCUCCAAACCUACCGCGGGAGAUCCCGUUUCGCACACUAG